GAGAGUAAGUAGCUCUCGAAAUACGUAUUUACUAACUAUUAAAAUAUAUUGUAGUAGGAGAAAGCUACCUAGUUUUAUUUUUAUUUAGAAGAACUACAAGCAUCGGAAGGAUAACUAUUGGUAACGAGGUUUCGGUUUGUUCGCCACACAGGUGCUGCAACUUCAUUUCCUUGCGAUAUCUCGAGGAGUGUACAUUCGCGCAUCGUGAAAGUAAUUUUGGUUACAUUAUCGUGAACUGGAAGUGGGUGGUAGAAUUGGAUUGCGUGGGAAAAGUGUAUAUAUAGAGAUUUAAGAGUGAAUUGAACGUAUUUGCAGUGGAUUUUAUAAAUUGUGCAGUUAAUAAAAUAAACAUGAGUGUGAAUUUGAAAAGGGCCUUGUUAUGUGUCAUAAUAGACGAACUAUGUAAUGAUGAUAUACAAGAACCAACCCAAAUAAAGAGGAGAAAGGUUUGGUCUAAAAGUUGGUAUUUAAAUAGGCCUGAAUUAUCACAUUCGAACUUGUUGAAAGAGUUGGAAAUUAGUGCACCCAGUGACUUGAAGAACUUUUUAAGAAUGGACAGUGAAACGUAUAAUGAAUUAUUGCGAAAAGUAAGUCCAUUCAUUAAGAAACAGGACACAAUAAUGCGUGAUGCGAUAUCUCCUAACGAACGUCUGUCCGCAACUCUUCGGUUUUUAGCUAGUGGACAGACUUUUGAAGAUUUGAAAUUCCUUACUGCAAUUUCACCACAAUCUUUAGGAGUGUUGAUAAUGGAGACGUGUUCGGCAAUAAUUAAAGUAUUAAAGCCAUAUAUUAAGCUGCCGGCAACCGAAGACGAAUGGAAAGCCGUUGCCACCGAAUUUGGGGAUAGGUGGAACUUCCCAAAUUGCAUUGGCGCUUUGGACGGGAAACAUGUGCAAAUAAAAAAACCUAAUUGCUCAGGGUCGUAUUAUUUCAAUUAUAAAAAAACUUUUAGCAUUGUAUUACUAGCGUUAGUUAGCGCGAACUAUGAGUUUUUAAUGGUUGAAGCCGGCGCAAAUGGGCGUGUUUCUGAUGCUGGUGUGUUUCAGAAUAGCAAAUUUUUUGAGAAAUUGAAUGAUGGAUUACUUAACAUUCCACACUCACAAGCUAUACCUGAAUUUUCUGAAGUAGAUAUGCCCUUUGUUUUUGUGGGGGAUGACGCCUUUCCAUUAUUGAGGAAUUUGAUGAAACCGUACAGCCGCAAUAAUCUAUCAAUAGAAGAAAGGGUAUACAAUUACAGGGUGUCAAGGGCUAGAAGGAUUGUGGAAAAUGCUUUUGGAAUUGUGGCAACGCGAUUCCGCAUACUUAUAAACCGCAUGAAUUUGAACCCUAAAAAAGCUAGCAUAAUAGUUCUAGCAUGUUGUUAUCUCCACAAUUUUUUAAGGACAACCAACCCCUCGGUCUACUUAAGAGGAAGUGUUGAUAUUGAACAUAUAAAUAAUGGUGAUAUUCAAUUGGGUGCUUGGAGACAAGACAGCCAGCAGCUUUCUGAACUUCAACCAACUGCAUCGAGAAAUGCAGCUUCAAUAGCAAAAGAAACAAGAAUGAAAUACACAAGGUAUUUUAAUGGAGUUGGAGCAGUGCCUUGGCAAAGUUUGUUUAUAAAUGAAAACAACAAUUAGGAUUUUUCAUCUUAUAAGUAUGUAUUUAUAUGUAACUAUAUGAUUAAAUAAUAACAGGAAGAAAGGA